GCCGGAAAAAAAGCAUUGAUCUAACGAGGGGAGAAAGAAGAUGCUAAGCAGGCUGCAGGAACUCCGCAAGGAGGAGGAAACGCUGCUGCGUUUGAAGGCGGCCUUGCACGACCAACUGAACCGCCUCAAGGUUGAAGAACUGGCCCUCCAAUCCAUGAUAAGCUCUCGAAGAGGGACUGAAACGCUGUCUUCUCGGCCUGCGCCUGAACAGUUGUGUGAUAUGUCAGUGCAUGUCGACAAUGAAGCAUCAAUCAAUCAAACCACACUGAAGCUGAGUACAAGGAGCCCUAUGGAGGAAGAGGAGGAGGAGGAGGAAGAGGAAGAGUCUGAUUCGUAAGGGGGACAAGAGCUUGGAUGAGGUGCACGUCUGAACAGAGACAAGCAUGGGAGAGGCCUGAAAGCAACAUGGCAUGCCGCUGGGCAGAGGAGUUCCUCUUUGCUGCUUCCCAAAGGCUCAGAUGCUAGCGGCGUGGGUUGGUGUGCUGGGCUGGUUAAGCCCAAUGGUAGAGCAGAGCCAACCUGCGAAGUCCACCUCCUCAGCAUCAGAUCUCUUGAUGAAAGCAUGAACCUGGGUGCAGAAAACAGAAAGGAAAUGCUGUUAAAAACUACCAGGAGGAAAAAGCAAGUGUCUCAGCCUGGGUCGGACCACUUGGAAGAUGCUUCUAGUGUUCACCGUUGAACAGCAAGUAGGCCAGCUGCAGCCCAAAGAUGCUCUGCCAUGACCAUGCAUAUAAGUUGUGCGGCCCUCGUCUCUGAGCAACCCUGACUUGUUAGAAGGUACACUACACUCAAGGCUACACUGGGCAUGGAGCAUGGACCUUAAAAUACCACAUCCCUGUGCCAAUGCCAUCAAACAAGAAUUAGAUGGAGAGUAACCCAGGAUGCUGGAAAUGUGAGAUGAACCAGUCAGAACUAGAAAAAAAAAAGCCUGUCCUCAGGAAGGUUGUGGGCUGGCUCCUCCCUGACUUGCAUCCCAGGUUCCCCCUGUAACUCACAUCUGGCACUGUGCAGCCCCAACCCUGACUAAAGAAUGAGGGCUGGGACAAGACAGACAAAUGAUCAAGCAGAUGAAUAAACAUGCUCUGAGACUCACCAUGA